CCGGAAGUUUACAACUCGUUGCCGUUAGCUUGAUAGCACAGUGUAAACUGCCCUUGACUGACCCACGUGAGGUAGUUUAGCUGCUUAGAAACAGGGUAAACCGGCAGCUUGGUUUCUACAUUAACCAGCCAACACCAAAGAGACUCUUCGGACAUAUAUUAGUUCCAGUCUGAUGUUCUUUAUCUCACACUCUUGGCUAAAAUGUCAGGUAACAGUAGGUCUCUGUUAUUGUUAAUGCAGCGGUGUGUCGCAGUUAGACAGGUAGCUCUGUCAGCGGGGAUCAAAACAAGAAGCAGCGUUUUAACAGGCAGGUUCAUCCAGCAGAGAUCAUUGUCAUCAUUAUCACCCAGGGCUGUGUGUCUGCAGAGGCUGUGUGAGCUUCCGUCUGCAGUGAGGAACAGCCAGGUCAGCUUCUGUUCAAAGACAGGAGCAUCAUGCGAAGACGAAUACCCUCCACUGCCAGCCUACCAGUCUGAUCCAGAACCAGAGCAGAAGGAGGUGUACAUCGUGCAGUUGAAAGGCCUCCCAUGGUCGUGUUCAACUCAGGACAUCCUGCAAUUCUUCUCAGACUGUAGAAUCCGUGAUGGAGAGAAAGGGAUCCAUCUCACUGUGGACCGGUCGGGGAGGCCGACAGGCAGAGCCUUCAUGGAGAUGGAGCACGAGGAGGACGUCAGGAAAGCUCUGGAGAAGCACCGGCAGUACCUCGGUCCACGCUACGUUGAAGUGUAUGAAGUGACGAACAAGGAUGCAGAAGAGAUCCUGAAGAAAGUUGUCCGGACUCCAGCUAAUGACGGGGUGGUCCGGGUCAGAGGUCUCCCCUUCAGCUGCAUGGAGGGCGACAUUGAACAGUUCUUCUCAGGUUUGGAUAUCCUGCAGAAUGGAAUCACUCUGGUCAUAGACAACAGAGGGAGAAAGACUGGUGAGGGCUAUGUGCAGUUUGCGUCUCAAGAAGUAGCCAAUGAAGCUCUGCAGAGACACAAAGAGCUCAUCGGGAACAGAUACAUCGAGGUGUUUCCCAGCAGGAGUGAUGAGAUUAGUGCCGUACGGGGGAAGAAGAAGAGUGCAGUUACUUCUCAGACCGUCUCUCAGACGUCUAACAGGACUGGACCCCCUCUUCAUUUCGUCCAUGCACGAGGUCUUCCCUUCCAGGUUUCUGUAGAAGAAAUCAUAAAGUUCUUCUCUCCUUUCGUCGUCUCAAAGAUCCAGAUCGAAUGCGGGCGUGACGGGGGGUUUCUGGGAGAGGCUGACGUUUACUUCGGCUGCCAUCAGGAGGCCAUGGAUGCCAUGAGCAAAAACAGACAGCACAUAGGAGAAAGAUACAUCGAGUUAUUCCUGAACUCUGAACCAGAUUGUGAUGCAAGGUAAAUGUCAACAUGAAGAAAGAUAACAUCUAUUUAUUUACCUGCCUGUCAUACUGAAAAUCAAACAACAAUAAACAGUAUCAAAGGAAAUGCUUCCUUCCUGCCUCUAUCCAAC